AAAGGAAAUAUACAAAAAAAUGAACAAUAAUAACUCAAAAAUAUGGGAUAUAGAAGCAACUGCACGAUUACAUUUGUAGCCUUCGUGGCAGCUCUUUGGGGGGUUACAACAGCACAGCCCAGCGGGUCAUGCGUGAGCACUUUGACCACCCUCUCUCCGUGCCUCAGCUACGUCACUGGAAACUCAACCACUCCCUCACAGAGUUGCUGCUCUCAGCUUGACUCUGUUAUCAAAUCUUCGCCGCAGUGCAUUUGUUCAGCCGUCAACAGUCCGAUCCCCAACAUAGGCCUUAACAUUAACCGCACACAGGCGUUGCAGCUCCCCAAUGCCUGCAACAUUCAGGCGUCUCCCCUCAAUCAAUGCAACGAAGCCACUGGUCCAACAGCACCUUCACCGGCGGAGGAAACCACAGCCCCAGGUGUAACACUUACCCCUACCUCGUCUCCGGGUGCUCGUUCAGGAGUUAAAGGUGGUUCCAAGAUAACUCCCUCCGCUGAUUUCGGCUCGUCUACCGGGAACGUCCACCGCGUGCCGCAGCAUCUUCUUAUGUUUGCUGUAUGUGUAUUUGUGGUGUGCACCUCUUAUUUUCGUUAAUUAACUCUGAGAGUUCAUGUAUUUGAGAUUUUCAUUUUACUUACUGCUGUGCCAUGUUGAUAAGUAACUGAGAUCUAUUUGCAUUGCUAUAAAUUUUCUGUUGAUUGGAUCGAAUAACUGGAUUAAUGGUUGCAUAUGAAGCAACAACUCCAGUUAAAAAACGAAAAUUCUGGAAAGACCAAAAGAAAUUGCACACCAGUUAAAUAAACCCACUUUUUGGGGUUCCAGAAUUAAGUGGAACUUCACCAAGUUCUUGGUCAGCAAAGAUGGCUUAGUGAUUGAUCGUUACAGCACAAUGGUUACACCGCUAUCAAUCGAGAAAGACAUCAAGAAAGCUCUUGAAGAGGCUUGAAACAACAAGGGGGUUUAUUUUCAAUGUAAAUUGCAGCUUUUUGUGAAGUUUUUUUUUUUUUUUUUUUGUUCAUUUUCCUUUCGGACAAGUUUCUCUGUUUGGUGGGAUAUAAAAAGAAAUUGCUUGUUUCGGGAGAGUAGGUUGUUGUUUUUCAUUUUUUUAGCAGAAGUAGUAACACAUGUUAAUCCUACGAGAGUGAUAAAAUUUAUCUGGCCAAUCCAGUCCGAAGUUAAUAGUUAGAGGGUUAUGUGGAAAGUAAUGGUAGAAAAAUCAUAAUUUAAAAGAAUCGUUUGUAAUUCAUCCUACUGCUAUUUGACUGAAAAAUUUAUUUA